ACAGCUUCUGAAUUUAGAUUUCAACGCGUUCUGAUUGCUAAUUCAAAUUCUCUCUGAGCGGAUGAUUUGAUUUUUAUCUCAAGUACUAGAAGUAAGGGUGUCUUGUCUUGUCCUGUCUUGUAACUAUUCCAAUGCAAGCUUUAGCUUUUUGACUAAGAAAUAAAUGACAAGAAUUUAUCGUCACAUUCAGCAUGAUUGAUGAGACUGAAAUUCUGACAAAUCUGACAGUGUAGAUUAAUAUUUUGUGCAAACCUCAUAUUGCUGUCGUGAUUGUGUUAAUUUCUAAUUUGGUUUGGAGUUAGUCAUGGUUGGUUAUCUUCUCUAUUAGGUAGGAUUAUAAGUGACAUAUAGGUUAAGCAGAAGAUUGUUAAAGAAUUUGAAAUAGUGCAGCAAAGUGUUUAUCAUCCAUAUGGGAGAUGUGGCGAAGGAUCUUGCUGCUGGGACUGCUGGGGGAGCAGCUCAAUUGAUAUGUGGGCAUCCAUUUGAUACAAUUAAGGUGAAGCUCCAAAGCCAACCUGCACCACUUCCUGGCCAAGUUCCCAAGUUUUCUGGAGCAAUGGAUGCUGUCAGACAAACAUUAGCUUCAGAAGGCCCAAGAGGUUUGUACAAAGGUAUGGGAGCUCCAUUGGCUACAGUUGCUGCGUUGAAUGCUGUUCUCUUCAGUGUAAGAGGACAAAUAGAGUCCUUCUUUAGGCCUUAUCCUGGUGCCUCCCUUCAAGUUCACCAACAAGUGAUUUGUGGGGCUGGCGCUGGCACUGCUGUGUCUCUUCUAGCUUGUCCAACUGAGUUGAUCAAAUGCAGACUGCAAGCUCAGAGUGCAUUGGCAACAUCCAGUUCCGUUGGUGUGGCAGUGAAGUAUGGCGGUCCAGUUGAUGUAGCCAAGCAUGUUCUUCAAUCAAGUGGAGUGAAGGGUCUCUUCAAAGGCUUGAUUCCAACAUUGGCAAGAGAAGUUCCGGGAAACGCUGUGGCAUUCGGCACCUACGAGCUGCUAAAACAGCAGUUUGCAGGAGGUCGAGACACUUCGAAUCUAGGAAGAGGGUCUCUAAUAGUAGCUGGUGGUGUAGCUGGAGCUGCGUUUUGGCUAGCUGUGUAUCCAACUGAUGUUAUCAAGAGCGUAAUUCAGGUGGAUGAUUACAAAAACCCAAGGUUUUCUGGUUCCAUUGAUGCUUUCAGGAAAAUCAUGGCCUCAGAAGGAGUUAAAGGGCUAUACAAGGGUUUUGGACCUGCCAUUGUCCGCAGUGUCCCAGCCAAUGCAGCUUGCUUCUUGGUAUACGAAAUCACCAGGUCUAGUUUAGGUUAAGGAAUUGAAUUCAUAUUGGUUCAUAGCUUAUGGCUUAAAAGAAAAGCCAUUGUGGCCAUUCAUUGUAGCCUCUCCGAGCAUACUACAAGAAAUAAAACUGAACUCAUCAACUUUUCAUUUGAUUGUUGGUAUUUUUAGAAAAACAAGAGGGAUUAUGUUUCUGAUACUAUUUUCCAUUACGAUAUACACGAUCCCGGAAAUAUAAUUCUCUAUUUGUAAA